AUGCCGAACGCGUUUGAAACGGUCGGUCUAUCCGAGACAGGGCUUUUCCAGACUUCUUAUGGUAGCUCAGCGAGUUGGAAGGUUUACUUGUUUGCAGGAGUACCGUGGGUAGGUCUUCGCAAUGAGUGGCUCUCAAAGACUAGAGCCAAUCUGCGGGAAUUAUUUGACUCCAAACCGAAUAUCGAAGAGGGCUAUCAAAAAUCAGAUUCAGUCCUCUCCAUAUACAAGGUGCUCCUUGCCGAUGUUGAGUUCAACUAUACGUCUCCGCGAAGCUGGAAGUUCAUGCGUCCGUUCCACGUCGAGGCACUGAACAAGAUGAAUCUGAAUGCCAUGACUGGUGUGAUGAUGGAGGAGAUGGCCGAAUCCCUACCCGAAUGGUUUGGAAAUGUGCCUGGGAAAUGGGAACGCGUUGGUGUGCAAGCGUCAAUGUCGACUAUUCUGACCCGUAUCACGAACCGAGUCUUCGUCGGUAAGGAAGUCGCCCAUGACAGUGACUACUUUCACUAUUCAAUGAAUUUCGUCAAAACAAUUCGGCAAUGCGCUGCGAUCAUCAGCUACCUCAUCCCCGCCAUGCUCAAGCCCAUUCUCGGGCCCCUUGCCGCCCUGCCCGCCCGCUGGUACGAGCACCGCUGCUCGCGGUACUUGGUGCCACUGAUCCAGAAACAUCUGGUUGAGGCGUCGGCAGCCAAGGACACCCACCACGAAGAGCGCAACCCAGACAUGCUGCAGCUGAUGGCGCGCUUCGCAGCCAAGUCGAGCGACCCGCUCGACCACGACCCGCGCUCCUUAUGUGCGCGCAUCCUGGCGCUCAACUUCGUCGGGAUCCACACGAGUAGCGCAGCCGCCAUGGCCGCCAUCAUCGACAUCCUGUGUGCUGGCCCAGAGGUCUAUGCCGCGCUGCGCCGUGAAGCUGCCUCCGUCCUGCGCGACGCCGGCGGAGUCUGGAACAAGGCUGCCGUCAACAAGCUUGUGCUCAUGGACAGCACCUUGCGCGAGUCACUGCGCUCCAGCGCCUUCAAAGCCCGCGGCGUCGAGAGGCAGGUCGUCAAGAAGGGCGGCGUCAUGCUGCCUGACGGCACUCUCCUGCCAGAAGGGACUAAAGUCGGCAUGCCCACUACUGAGAUACACAUGGACCCGAAUUUCUACCAUGACCCUACGACCUUUCGCCAUGACCGCUUCGUUGGCAAGGCAGAGCUCGGUAUGGUAAAUACUACGGACACGUUCCUGGCGUUUGGCCACGGCAAGCACGCUUGCCCCGGCCGCUUUUUCUCCACCCAUGAGCUCAAGCUCCUCUUUGCCCACAUUGUCCUCAACUAUGACCUCAAGUUCUUCAAUAGAAGACCCAAGACUGUUUAUGUGAGCGACUUUUGCAUUCUUCCAGAGGAGGUUUUCUUCGAGGCGUGUCGUAGGGAGAGGAGUGCGCAUCUUGAUUUGGAAGCUCAAGGGUUGGUGCCCCCGUGA